CUUGAGAAACUCUCACAUCCAGUUGUGGAAAACCAAAGUUCUUAUGUGUUAGAAAACCCAAGUUCAAUCACAAGUUAACUCCUACUGUGCAACACUGUUAGAUAGUAGAGAUCUGCAAAUGGCUUGGGUUUGCCAUGGAUUCUGGCCAUGUUUGUAAGAAGACAAAGUGCUGCAGAAGACCAGCGGUGGUGUUGCUGCCCCAAAGUAUCCCAAGUUCUUCAAUAUUGCCACUGUGGUUUCUGUUCUGCUUAUGAUGAUGACCUACCUGUGUGCUGUGUAGCUGCCUUGCUAGGAAUUGGAGAGCAGUGUGUGUGAAUAAGGCAAAGCCAGGGCUUUUCAUCCACUGUGAGCCUUCUGAGGUUAUGGAGAUCUGUGUGUUCGCUGGAUGCUUCCUUAAGAGCAGCAAUGGAAAAGCCAAAACCCAAACAACAAAUACACAACUUAUCCUGCCUCCCAGUAAUAAUAAUAACAACCUCAAUAACCACCACCAACAACAAAAUCAAUAAGAAAGAACUGAAGAGGAUUUUUGGUAAUAGAGACUCUUGUAUUUCGAGCUGUUUUUGCUGUCUGAGGAAAGCCAUGCCAUCUCAGUGAAUACUACUUCAGCGUAUGAGGUUGUUGUUGCUGUUGUUGUUUAUUGUUUUUUAUCUCUGCUUCAGAAAGGAAAUAUAUCUAAUAGUACAUUUUGGAGCACUUUUCAGGAGCCAAUUUAUUUGGUCCUUGAACAUGAGGAUUUGGAGCUCAUUGUGCUGCCAUGCCUGGUGGAUGACUUGGCCCUGUGUACCUGAAUCACUUCAGUUGCAAAGUGUAUAUAUCUUUUUCAACUACUUCUAUUACUUUGCUAAGUGCUUUUCCAAAGCUUCUAUAAUGGAGUCACGUGAAAGUUCUUGUAGAUCCAGUAAGAAAAGCCUUAGUAUGUAAGCACAUGGAAAUGAGUAACGUAUUUCCCUUAUGGUGACUUCUGAAAGCCACCUGCCUGCCAUCACAACAACUGGGAUUUUUUCCUUGACAAUCAAAUGCUACUGCUUUAAGGUGCUUCUGAAGCAUUCACUGUGAUGAAAACAAGGUACAUCUUGGCCCAGCCAACUUAUUUGGUAUAUUUUGAGUGUUUGUACGGCAUAACCGAAGGAGUCUGUUAAGACCUGAGCGGCAGAGAACAUCCCUGAGCUGUGUUGCAUAGUUGGAGUUAACUUGUGACUGAACUUGGGUUUUAUUUCUGUAAUUGGAAUUGCUGCUUUGAAUACUGCUCAAGUGGAAGAAGUUCACUUAGAUGGGAAGACUUCAGCAUAACCAACCAGUGGAUUUGAGGAAUACAAGUAGUAGAUAAGCAUCUCUUCGUACCUCAGAACCUCCCAUUUCUUCUUGCGGAUAUUUUCUGUUCUGGCCUGAAGCAGUGCAGUAAUGAGAGGAUAGCUCAUGUUUCUGAUGCAGAUUCCAGACUUCCAGCUUAAGUGUUUUCCCAGAACUACCCACGAGUUCUUGUUUGGUGCCCUUGCUGAACUUGUAGAUAAUGCCAGAGAUGCGGAUGCUACAAGAAUAGACAUUUAUACUGAGCGCCGGGAAAGCCUGCGAGGUGGAUUCAUGCUGUGUUUUUUGGAUGAUGGAACAGGAAUGGAUUCAAAUGAAGCUGCCAGCGUUAUUCAGUUUGGCAAAUCAGCCAAGCGAUCGCCAGAGUCAACUCAAAUUGGGCAGUACGGGAACGGCUUGAAAUCGGGUUCCAUGCGGAUUGGGAAAGACUUUAUCCUGUUCACAAAGAAAAAUAACACCAUGACUUGCCUCCUCUUGUCCCGGACGUUUCAUGAGGAAGAAGGCAUUGAUGAGGUCAUUGUCCCAUUGCCCACCUGGAAUGCAUGGAACCGGGAGCCUGUGAGUGACAACAUGGAGAAGUUUGCUAUUGAGACAGAGCUGAUUUACAAGUAUUCCCCGUUCAAAUCAGAACAGCAAGUGAUGGAGCAGUUUAAUAAGAUCCGUGGUGAGAAAGGUACACUGGUGAUCAUCUUUAACCUCAAGCUGAUGGACAACGGGGAGCCAGAGCUGGAUGUGACUUCUGACCCUCGAGACAUUCAGAUGGCAGAAACCCCCCCAGAGGGAACAAAGCCUGAGCGCCGCUCCUUCCGUGCCUAUGCUGCUGUGCUGUACAUUGAUCCCAGAAUGAGAAUCUUUAUAAAUGGGCACAAGGUACAAACCAAGAGACUUUCCUGCUGCUUGUACAAGCCAAGGAUGUACAAAUACACUUCAAAUCGUUUCAAGACUCGUGCAGAGCAAGAGGUGAAGAAAGCAGAGCACAUGGCGAGGAUAGCGGAGGAGAAGGCUCGGGAGGCAGAGAGCAAAGCCCGCGCGUUUGAGCUGCGCCUCGGGGGGGACCUUACCCGGGAGUCCAGGGUGACGUUACGUCAGGUGCAGAACUCGGCCAUCACCAUGCGCCGAGAGGCCGACGUCAAGAAGAGGAUUAAGGAUGCAAAGCAGCGGGCACUGAAGGAACCCAAAGAACUCAACUUUAUUUUUGGUGUGAAUAUUGAGCAGCGCGAGCUGGACGGCAUGUUCAUUUAUAACUGCAGUCGGCUGAUAAAGAUGUAUGAGAAGGUGGGCCCACAGCUGGAGGGUGGCAUGGCAUGUGGUGGAGUAGUCGGUGUCGUGGAUGUGCCCUAUCUGGUUCUGGAGCCAACUCAUAAUAAACAAGACUUUGCUGAUGCCAAAGAAUACCGACACUUGUUGAAGGCCAUGGGGGAGCACUUAGCUCAGUACUGGAAGGAUGUAGCUAUAGCCCAGAGGGGUAUCAUCAAGUUCUGGGAUGAAUUUGGUUAUCUGUCAGCAAACUGGAACCAGCCUCCAUCCAGUGAACUGCGCUACAAACGGCGCAGAGCCAUGGAGAUCCCCACCACCAUCCAGUGCGACGUAUGCCUGAAAUGGAGGACUCUCCCAUUCCAGCUGAGUUCGGUGGAGAAGAAUUACCCUGAUAGUUGGGUGUGCUCUAUGAACCCUGACCCUGAGCAAAAUAGGUGCGACGCUCCAGAGCAGAAGCAGAAAUUACCACUGGGAACCUUGAAGAAAGACUCAAAAUCGCAGGAGGAAAAGCAGAAACAGCUGUCAGAGAAAAUCCGCCAGCAGCAGGAGAAACUAGAAGCACUUCAGAAAACCACGCCAGUUCGAUCUCAAGCUGACUUAAAGAAGCUGCCUCUGGAAGUGACCACUCGGCCUGCAGGGGAGCAAGUGGCUCGAUCUCAGCGCCCGCGAUCUCCUCCCUUACCCGAUGUCAUCAAGAAUGCUCCCAGCAGACCACCUUCAUUUACACUUCCUUCCAAGUCCGUCAGUCAGCUGAAAAAGAGUUCUUCUACUUGGACACAUAUUAACACUCCCAGAUUGGCAAGCAUUCUCUCCAAGGAAGAGGCCAGCACUUCCAAGACACACCACGAUGCUGUGACAGUUGGGAGGUCUAACAGCACUUCAAAGACUCUUGCUAAGCUAACUACAGCAACCAAACCCUCCUCUGCUGCCCCGCAGAGCCCCAAAAGUCCCCGUGAAGCACCCAGCUCAAAAACUGCCAAGGCGUCAACACCAAAGAAAUCUGCCAUUGUCAAAUCUCCCCAGGCCUCCACCCCCCGCAAGAGGUCUGUGCAGGCUGCUGAGGAGCUGUCUGAAGAAGAAGUGGAGUGCAAGAAGGAGAGGACAAAACGGGGCAAAUUUGUAGCAGUGAAAGAGGAGAAGAAAGAUCCCAGUGAGGUGGAGGUAGAGCUCACAGACAGCGCAGGGGAAGAAGAUGUGGCAGAACUGAAGAAAGCUCAGAAAGACAAAGGGCUGCACGUGGAGGUCCGUGUGAACAAGGAGUGGUUCACAGGCCGUGUCACAGCUGUGGAAAUGGGCAAACAUGCGGUACGCUGGAAGGUGAAGUUUGAUUAUGUUCCUACGGACACCACUCCAAGAGAUCGCUGGGUAGAGAAAGGCAGUGAGGAUGUGAGACUGAUGAAACCUCCCUCUCCAGAGUACCAGAGUCCAGACACACAGCAGGAAGAGGAGGUUGUUGUGGCUGAACCUUCUACCUCAGAAUAUGUUGGAAUUGAACCAGACACUACAGGCCCCAGCAGUGGCCAAGAAACAGUAGACUUACUAGUCCAGAUCCUUCGGAAUUGUUUGCGAUACUUCUUGCCUCCAAAUUUUCCUAUUUCCAAGAAGGAAUUGAGUUCCAUGAGCUCGGAAGGGUUGCUGGCAUUUCCCUUGAAAGACUAUUUCAAACAGUACGAGAUGGGUCUGCAGAACCUGUGCAAUUCAUAUCAGACUCGUGCUGAUGCCCGGGCCAAAGCCUGUGAAGAAAACCUGCGCAACACUGAGAGAAAGCUGAAGGAAACAGAGGAGAAACUGCAGAAGCUGAGGACUAACAUUGUGGCUUUGCUGCAGAAAGUGCAGGAGGACAUUGAUAUUAAUACAGAUGAUGAACUGGAUGCUUAUAUCGAGGACUUGAUCACAAAAGGAGACUGAAUAUCCCCAUGACACAUCCUCAGCAGACGCAGAAUUGCUGGCUGCGUCAAUGGAGAUGUGGAUUCCUGCAGUGGAAGACUACAGCAGCAGAUGAGAGAACGGCACUGCCACUGUUUUGACGUACAAGUUGUUGUGACUGAAAAAGGCAUUUAUGCUUUGGGCAGGAAUGUUUUUAACAUUCUAGAUCUUUGAAUUUCUUUCUUCCUUUUGUCUAUAAAUAUUUAUUUUUAAAAUAAAUGGGAACUGUGCCUGGUAUGAAGGGAGGGUUGAUGUGUGGUUUUAGCAAAGUAAUAAAGUGCGGGUCCCCUUUUUGCAUCUGAGGUAUACGUUAAACCUGGAAGACCAGAAUGUCCAGCUUAGCAAGUUAUCUCAUAAGAAUCUGACAGGAAGUUAAAACUGGGUCUUAAUCAAUGCGAGAGGAGGCCAGGACUUGAGACUUCUCUUAGUGUGGAGAAAAACAGUUAAGAGACCUGAGCUACAGAGUAUAGAGAUCCAAACAGCCUGUGCGAGCACAAGGGGGAUGAAAUUGUGAGGGUUCUCAAAGCUGAGCGUGGGGGUAGGGAUGGGCAUUUGCCUGUGCAGUUGCUGAGUGUGGGGUCUGUGUAAGCAGGUGGAGUGUCGUGGUGCUGACAGUACAGAGGAUGAGGAUCCUUUAAAGAGAGUCUGGCUGUUGGUGGGGAUUGCAGUAAAUUGUGAUGAUCAGAGGAAGAAAGCUGGAGUUCAUGAUCUUUCCUAGCAGUUAUUAUAGCACAUUAUUGCUGCUGUUUCUUUGGGACAUCGUUGCAACAGCAGCAGAGCCCCUUGACCAGCUGAAAAUAAAGUGACCCUGUGUUCUGUCCCGAGUCCCUCAGGUUUGUGUUGCUUUGAUCCUCUUGCUGUUCCAGGUAAUUUUAAUUAAAGUACUGGAACUUGGA